AUGUCCGUGGCUACUUCGGACGACAUGUCGGCACUCGAGUCAACAGCUGGCGGCACUGAGACAGACGCCGACACGAUCGCGACUCGUACUCGCACCAAGUUCUCGCUCGUGGACGAGCCCAUCGACACGCUCGAAGCUUCGCUUGUGGACGCCGCUCCACUUGACCUGGGCAGACAUGCAUUUGCUGAACGUGGCGAGGACGACCAGGAGUACCAGCGGUUCUUGUCGAGUCUGUUGCCCAAUGAGGAAGUGGAUCUGUCGUUCCUGGACGAAGAGGACGAGGAGUACCGACCCGAGGGGGACGAAGACGAGGACCAGGAGGACGACGACGCUCGACAGGGAAUCUCCAAGAAAGAGCUCACGGAGCUGCUGCUGGACUCGACGCGCAUAACGUCGUUGUCUGUGUUGCCAGCUGCUGCUGUGGAGCCGAAGGAUGUCAAUGGCGUGGUUGCAUCUGAACGAGCAGACGACAAUGGAAACGAGGUGGCUGCUCUAUCCGAGACUAGCGGUGAAGGAGGGCGCAAGGUCCGUCCAGCUGUAGCCGAGCCGGGAAUGAAGACUGGCAACGCGCCAGUGACGAUACCGGCAGUGCGACGUGGCCGACCCGUCACCGUGUCCCAAACACGGUGCAUUCAACUGGCAUCACAGAUGCACAAACAUCUGCAGUUGCUACUUCAAAGCUAUCAUCUCUUGGCGAGUCAACCGGCUCGACCCGAGCUGGCGGAAUGUCAAGCAAUGAUCGAAGACUUACGAGUACGCGGUGAAAAGGCGCUUGCGUGUAAGAACGCAUUGUUGUCGAAGCUGAACCCUGGAACAAGGUGUAGUGCAGGCGUUGCUUCGACGGAUGCUGUCGAUACCGAUGUUGGUAGUUAUAAUGACAUUUCGUCUCCCAGUGACUUUUCUGGUGUGGAAGGGAACAGUGGAGACGCUGAACCUACCGGAAAUAUGCUGGCCUCGCGACGUGUGACAAGGUCGCUGACAGCAGCACACGCAGCAGUAGCCCACCCAUCGAUGUUCGAGCUGGUCGGGUCGCAAACUGUAGACGAGCUUUCGGCUACUUUUGCUCGAGACUGCUCACUGGGAGAGCGUAAUCGUGCCAUUCAAGAGCAAUUGCUUCAGCUGGAUACACAUUUGGUUUCUGCAAAAAAGCGCCGGAAAAGCAAGAAGGGAUACUCGAUGAUCGAGGACACUUUGCUCGCUCAUGGCGCUAAGCGUUUUGGUACACAAGCGACUUCGUGGGAUCAGAUUCAAAGGCACUUUCUUCCGAGUAAAACCACACAAAAUCUCCGACAUCGGUACAAGUACUUGAUUAGCCCAAAGACAGGGAUGAAUGCUGUUAAAGCACUUCAUUUGAGGACUGGUCCGCAGCACCACAAUAAUAGCUGGCUACUAGAGGAGGAUCUUCGGAUCACGCGUGGACUCGUUGAGUUGCACGGUGAGAAGUAUCCUUUCUCUCGUCUGUCAAAACGCUACCUCUCUCAUCGCAGCCGUCUCGAGAUUCGAAAGCGCUGGGAACGGCUUGCGACAAAGUUUCGUCCGGAUCUUGCGGACAUGAAACUUGCAGUGCCUGCUGAUGAUUCGCUCGACUUCGUGGUUGCUAUGAAGGAAUUUUUGGAGGAUAAGCUACGAGCACGAAUGUUACAACAGAACGGAAAGGCUGAAAAGGCAAAGCUGGAAGCCGCAUUACAGCUACACCAGCUUGGUCAAGGAAGACGGGACGCUCUCACAUGCGGAUCCGUCAGCAACGAAGCCGCCUUGGGUGUAUCCUCGCUUGGCACUGGCACGCAGACGACUGGAUCUGGCUCGAUUUCCUGCAGAUCUAAAAACUUACACCCUGCGCUAUUUUUCUCGUCAUGGUCUUUUAUCAGUCCUGCGACGUUGCUCAAUGCAACGUGCAAACACAACUGGCCCUCUUUUAUGGAUGAAGACAAUGAAGCCAAUGAUAAUCUGCUGAGAAAACAGCUUAGCACUGAUGCUACCGAUAACGGAGCGCUUCAAACCGACUCACACCAUGCUGGUGUGAACGGUCAGUCAGUGACACUCAGCAAAGCACAAACCCAAGAGACUAUGCCGAGCGCGAUGCUAUCUGAUGUAGUAGUCACUCCGCCGGCGGUCAUAGGACUUUCUCCAGCAAGUGUUGAUGUGAACGCUUACACGGUGCAGAAGGGUAGCGACGAGGAAGACGAUGAUAGUGACUAUGAGCAUGAUGAGUUGCUGUCGUCCGAUAGCGAAGAGAGUGGGUCUGACUUCGAGCAGAUGGAGUUCACGGAUGAUGAUGACGACGACAUUGGUGAUGGGAAUGAAGAUUGCGAAGACAGCACAGAACACGGUGAUCUAGUGCUCGACGUAAAGGGCCGAUCUGUUACCGGCACCGAUUCACUGGAAGACCCUUGUUGGUCGAUACCGUUGUCUUCGACACACGACGUUCCCGUUUUGGAUGCUGCUGAUGGCGAAAGUGAGAAGUCGCAAACGCGCAUCAGGCAUCCACUUCGUCUACAGAAUUUGAGCCACCCCGAAAAUGAAAACAUCAGACGUGCUCUUGCCGCGCUGGAGCAACGUAUUGUGGGCAAGAGCAUCAGGACCACCGCUUCUCUGUCGGCCAUAAGCUCACACACUGGUUGCGACGAUCGUCCAAUGCGAAAAGUGGCGUCAACGCUUGUAGCACCUGUCGGUGACAAGCGGACAAGUGGGAGUCAUUUUCGAGCAAGCAUGGGAGCACCCACGCAGGCAGCUGGUACUGCAAUUGCUGAUAGCAACGAUUGCAGUAUCAACGAUGACGAUGCUAGUCGCGACGGAGACGGAUCUGGCAACGAGGAAGUUGAGGUUGUGGACUUGUUUUCGAGUUCCGCUCAGCUGUUCGGAGAUGAUGGCAAGAAAGUCGCACCUGAACCGUCUAGGACUGAACAAACACAAGAAUCUGACUGGAGUCGAAACCUAGCAAGAACAGUGUUAUGUGGCAAAGUGUGCGCCCCAUUGUGUAGCAACACUCCUCCCAACAAGAAGGCGAAGCUGCAGGUAUGUCCAAUUUGCAAUGAAACCACGUGCAAAUGCCGAUCGAGCGAACUGCGCUGA